AUGGAUGAGGCUGAAAGACAGUGGGAGGAGGCCAACAUGACACGGGUCCAGGAGUUCAUCCUGCUGGGAUUAUCAACAAGGCCGGGCCUACGCAGUGUCCUCUUUGCUGUGUUCCUGACUCUCUAUCUGCUGACUGUCUUGGAGAACACGAUCAUCAUUCUGCUCAUCUGGAGCCACACAGAACUCCACAAGCCCAUGUACUUCUUCCUGGGGAACCUGAGCUGCCUGGAGAUGUGUUAUGUCUCAGUCACAGUGCCCACCCUGCUGCUGGGGCUCUGGUCAGGGCCUUGCCAUGUCCCUUUCACAUCCUGCAUGACUCAGCUCUUCUUCUUCAUCGCACUUAUCUGUGUUGAAUGUACACUCCUGGCUUCCAUGGCCUAUGACCGUUAUGUGGCUAUCUGUCAUCCUCUCCACUACCCAAUACUCAUGAGGCCCCAGGUCUGCCUCAUGCUGGCCAUGGCCUCAUGGAUGGGCAGCCUUAGUGUCUCUGUGAUCAAGACAGCCUGCAUUGCUGGGCUCUCUUACUGUGGCCCCAAUGUUCUCAACCACUUCUUUUGUGAUAUCUCCCCUCUGCUCAAUCUCUCCUGUACCCAUGUAGCACUAACUGAGCUGGUUGACUUCAUCUCAGCCAUUGUCAUCUUCUAUGGUUCUCUGAUGGUUGCCCUGGUCUCUUACAUGGCCAUUGGGGCAGCUGUGCUACGUAUGCCCUCAGCUGCUGCCCGACUCAAGGCUUUCUCUACCUGUGCUUCUCACCUCAUUGUAGUGGGAAUCUUCUACUCAGCUGCCAUCUUCAUCUACGCCCGGCCCAAGCGCAUGGAAAACAUGGACCUCAGCAAAUUGCUAUCUGUCAUCUAUACAGUGCUCACACCCAUGUGUAACCCAAUCAUCUACUGCCUGAGGAAUAAGGAGGUCCAAGGUGCUCUUUACAGGACCCUUGACAAAAUUAAGAUUAAUCAGAGCUCUGCCAGCUAG